UUUAGCAACUGUCAAAAGAAAACAGAAGCACUCUGACAGAAGUUGAGAAGUAGAUAUCUACAAUAACAAAAACCGCAUUUGUAUCAGAUCGCUCUUGUUGUAACACUAUGCACAUGCCAGUGGUAUUUUUUUUAUGGUUUUUCUAUUAAGUGUUCAAGUGUUAUAGGAAAAUUUAUUCAAUCUGAACGUUUGCAAUGGAGAGUACAACUACAACUUCUUUGAAGCAUGUUGAUCAAGAUUGGUACAAAACAGUCGAAGGAGAAAGAAUUGUACAACAACUUUACCACCCAAUAAAUACGAAAGUUCGAAAGCAUUUUGGAAUAUUAGAACAUCCGAAUCUUACACCAGGAACCCCAGAAAUUAUGUUCAAAAUAGGUGUACUGGGCAAAGCAGGAAGUGGGAAAACAAAAACCAUUUCAGUUUUAUCUGGGAAACCAGCAGUUUUUCCAGGAUACAUAGAAACUAUAGGAAUUCAUGUAAAAAAUAUUUAUUGGCCAGCACAAAUACAAGCAAAAACCUGCUUGUUUAAAUUACAGUUUUGGGAAUCAGGAGAAUCAUGUUCAAAGAGAUAUAACUACAUUUCAACAGCAUGCAUGGAAAAAACUGAUGCAGUGGCCAUAGUAAUAAAUAGAGCUGAUCGAACAUCUUUGGACUAUGCCGAUAGUAAACUUGACUCUUUGUCUCGGCUAAAUUCUACUGUAGUGUUAUUUGUAAUGGAUACUGAACACGACGUUCAGGUUCAUGAUCAAGAACUAAACCAGUAUGCAAGAAGAAGAAGGCUCCCAUUUUUUCAUCUUCCUCCUCAUACUCUAGAUAUUAAAUACUUUGCACCAUUCUAUAAUUCCUUGUGUGAUUUUGUAUAUUCUUCUCAACAUAAAGUUAUGUCAGAUACUCUUUAAUCUAAAAUAUUAAAUGGUCUGUCCAAGUUUUCAAGAUUGUUGUUUUAGAUUGUAACUUAAAUGCCUAGUAUUACUUACAUAAAUUUUAUAUUUGAUUAAUACAUUUCUAUAUUCAAUAA